UCCAUACUAGCACGGCUAGUCGGAUGGGGGGCGACACUCGGAACCUUGGGGGAGGGAAAGGGAAACAAACCCACUCAACCUGCAGCGAUGGCGAGAAAGUGGGCGAACGAGCGAGAACCUCCUACGUCGCCUUGGUUCCAGGGUGGGUGGCCUGCUGGCCAAUCACGGGUGUUUAUUACGGUAUUCAUGCAUACUCCAGACUCCCCAAUCGGGCCAAGUGCCUGUGAGGAUGGUACCCGGCAACCCCCAUUUCCCUUGUGGUCAGUGGUAACAAUACUGUCGAGAAAAAGAGGCCGCAUCCGGCCAUCGACUCCACACCCUCUUUCUGCGCCCCCCUGA